AUGUUGACUGUGUGUUGCGGCGCAGGUGCGCCGUCGGCGGGCGGCGGCCCGCCGCGGAGCCGCCGUCGUCGGAGCCUCGACGGCCGCGGCUUGCGCCAGCGUCUGCCUGCCGGCGGCUGGCCGCGCUGCGGCUGCAUCUGCGCUGAUCUGCGUCCGCGCCCGCGCCCGACCGCCGGGCGGCCUCCGCCUCCGGCCGCGCCCCGGCCGCGUGGCGGCGUGGGCGGCGUGACGGAGGUGGCGGUGGGCGUGCCGCUGCGCGUGACCGGUCUGCGCGUGGAGUGGGCGGCGCGCGAGCCCGUGCUGGGCGCGGACGGCGUGGUGGCGCUGCUGGCCGGCACGGACGUGCGCCUGCGCCUCUUCGGCCAGGGCCUGGCCAACCGCACGCGCUUCACGCUCACCCGGCGCGCGCAGGAGCGCGGCAUCUGCGCCUACCCGCUGCCGCACAUCCACGAGCUGCUCGCCGCCGCCGCCGCCACUGCACCCGCCCCCGCCACCGCCGCCGUCGCCACCGCCGCCGUCGCCACCGCCACCGCCGCGUCGCCACCGCCACGCGCCGCCACCGCCACCGUCACCGCCACCGUCACCGCCGCCGCCACCGCCACCGCCACCGCCACGCGCCGCCGCCGCCGCCGCCGCCGCCGCCGCCACCGCCACGCCACCGCCACCGCCCACCGCCACCGCCACCCCAACCGCCACCGCCACUACCGCCGCUACCACCGACCACCGCACCACCGCCGCCACCACUGCCACCACCACCACCACCGCCACCAACGCCGCCGCCGUCGUCGUCGUGGUGUCUUUGGCCCUGGUUGUUUGCUUCUGCUGCUGGCUGCGCCCAAU